AUGGCCUCGACUGAUCAGACGUGGGAAUUCGUCGUUGUGGGUGGUGGCCCGGCGGGCUGUGCCCUUGCUUCAAGGCUUGCUCGGUCAGCGCGACGGCCUCAGGUCCUCCUGCUUGAAGCCGGCCCUCGUAACGAUGAUCCAUCACUGCGUGUGGACGGCCAACGAUGGCAGACCUUUAUGAAUGGAAACCUGAACUGGGGGUACAAGACCACCCCACAAGAACACUGUAAUGGCCGACAGAUCGACUAUUCUCGGGGCAAGGUCCUGGGCGGCAGCAGCGCCAUCAACUUCGGUGUCUACACCGUGGGUGCGCGAGACGACUAUAACCAAUGGGCUGGGCUUGUUGGUGAUGACCUGUUUCGCUGGGAGCGCAUGCAGGCUCGAUUCAGACAGCUGGAAACAUUUAACGGUGCCAUUGUGGACCCGAAGAAUAGCAAAUAUGCAGCCCCGAGGACCUCAGACCAUGGCUCCCAAGGGAGUCUGAAGGUCGGCUAUGCUGCUGAAUGGGAGCAGGAUCUUCCCUUGAUGAUGGAUGUCUUCGAGCAGGCUGGCCUGGCUCGGAACCCUGACCACAACUCGGGAGACCCGAUUGGCAUGGCGUUGGUCAUUAAUUCAUCCCACCAGGGUCGAAGAGUGACAGCAACUGAUCUUUUGGACGAAGCCCCGUCCAAUUUGACUAUCAUAACGGAGACGCCAGCGCUCAGGCUCGUACUCCAAGGCACCAAGACUGUUGGUGUGGAAACCAAGGGGGCAAAAUACUUCGCAUCCAAAGAAGUGAUUCUAACAACCGGAUCACUGGACACGCCCAAGAUUCUGAUGCAUUCGGGACUUGGACCAGCGGGACAACUACAACAAUUCGGGAUCCCCGUCGUCAAGGACAUGCCUGCGGUAGGCCAGGGUCUUCGGGACCACUUUUUCGCACCGCUGUGCUUCCAACGAAACCCGACAACAAACGAUCGCGAUGCCUUCUUCGGUAACCCGGCUGCUAUGGAGUCAGCUCUGGAACAAUGGAGCAAAGAUGGCACCGGGCCGUGGGCGCGGCACUCGUGCCAGAUUGGCGCCGGCUGGCUCAAGUCCGACCGCUUGGUGGCAUCUGAGGAAUUCAAAGCACUGCCUCCGACAGUGCAGGAAUUCCUACAACGCGACACGGUGCCACACUACGAGUUCAUGACACACUUCCCGCUGCAUCUCAUCUCUCCCGAGCCUUUCAAAGAUUACAGCUACGUUUGCAUGCUCGUGUUUUUGAUGAACGAGCAAUCCAGCGGUGAAGUGCGUCUGCAGUCAGCCAACCCUGAAGACCCGCUGCUGUUUGAUCCAAAGUUCUUGUCCCACCCGUUUGACAGGCGCGCAUGUAUUGAGAUCUAUCGGCACGCGCUGGAGGUGACGAAGCAUGAAUCUUUCCAAAAAGACACCGUGUCCGCAUUGAUUGCGCCCCCGUCCGAGUCGGAUGAGGAUAUUCUUGAGUUCUGGAAGAACACCCUCGGAUCCAGUUGGCACAUGACUGGAACGACCAAGAUGGGUAAGUCCGGGGAUGCCGAUGCUGUCGUGGACAGCCGGUUCCGGGUAUUUGGUGUCGAGAAUCUGCGGAUCGCCGACAUGGGUGUGGUGCCUGUUUUGACGAACAACCACACACAGGCAACUGCGUAUGUCACCGGUUUGACAUGUGGAGAUGCGCUGGCAGAGGAAUAUGGGCUUGAUACUUCGGAGGCUCGAUUGUAG